AUGUCAAGACAUCCAAGUAGUCUAUUCGAUAACGAUGAUCUUGAAAUUGACGCAACAUUUGAGGUCAUAAACAUCAUUAAGCCUAAAAAUAUAAUUGAAAAACGCAUACCAAUUCAAGAGAUGAGUAUUGAAGAACAAGAAUUGUUAAGAAAGAUUGACAUAAGAAUCAUCCCUUUAUUUUCACUUCUUUAUACAUUAAGUUUCAUGGAUAAGCUUAAUAUUGGAAACGCAAAAUUAGAACAUUUAGAAGAAGAUCUUGAGUUAACUCAAAGUCAAUAUAACAUGAAUCGCGAGGAAAAUUAUCGAAUUAGUCUGUUUGUUUCGGCUGGUAUAAUUGCUGGCGCAUUUAGUGGCCUCAUGUCGUUUUCCGUCGCGACUUUGUUAAAUGAAGUAAAUGGAUUAAGUGGUUGGCAAUGGGUAUUUAUCCUUGAUGGUGCGUUUACAUGCAUUGUUGCUUUGUUCUCUUACUAUUUAAUCCCAGACAGUCCAGAAACUGCUACUUGGCUUACAAAAGAAGAAAGAAGGUUGGCCAUUGAACGUUUACAUGAUGAACCUUCACAUUCUCAUGAAUCUUAUAAUGAAAGUCAUCAAAUUUUGGAUGCUUUUACCGAUUGGAAAAUAUAUAUGGCCAUGUUAUUAUACUUUUGUAUCAACGCUCCUCUAUAUUCCUUCUCUUUUUUCAUUUCAUCGAUAGUAAAUGGCAUGGGAUUUAGCACUGUUAUUUCCCAAAUCCUUGCCACUCCUCCAUUUAUUCUAGGGUCUAGUUUUUCAAUUCUUAUAGCCAUUUCAUCAGAUCGUGCUGGAAUUCGUGGUCCAUAUAUAAUAUGUUGUUUGUUAAUUUCAAUUAUUGGUUACGUAUUUCUCAUUGUUCACAAUACUAGCACGGCUGUUAAAUAUAUCGGUGCUUGUAUUAUUGGAAUAGGCUUAUUUCCUUGUAUUCCUACUUCAAUUACGUGGUUAAUCAACAAUCUUGCUGGUGAAACUAAAUGUGCCAUAGGCGAUGCUAUGAUGAUAGCUGCCGGUAACAUAGGUGCAGGAAUAAGCACUCAAUUUUAUAAAUAUUAUGAUGCUCCAACUUAUAGAUUUGGUCAUAUUGUUUCACUAUCACUUUCAAUAUUUGCAUUGAUUUUAUGUUUAAUUAAAUUUCAAUUACUGUCUAGAGCUAAUAAUAAAAAAUUUGAACAAGGAUAUAAUGAGGGAAUGGAUGAAGAAGAACCUAUCAAAUUUGGAGAUAAACACCCAUCAUUUAUUUAUAGUUUAUAA